UUUUUUUGGGGGGGGUAGAUGGCGGUUAAUCGCCGUUUUAAUUGAUAAGAUGAAUCGAAACUCCAGUUAUUAAAUGGUUGAGCUUUUUUCAAAGAACGUCUUUUGGUUUUGCUGUUCAAAGUUGUCAUUGACGCACAGACAGGGCUUGUGUGGCAGCACCGGAGAGAUGGUGCCAUCUAUCCCCCCGUGGUUGUCUUCUCAGGUCUUUGUUGCUCUGCUGGCCGCUGAUUAGCCGGUUCACGUAUUCACACCCUCCGUGUGUUUGACAGGCAGAACAACACACUGUGUUUGAACACACGCAAUUCACCAACCGCGUUUCCACUGACGGAAACAGAUCUUUGGCGCUCCGAGCUUGAUGAAGACGGAUGUUCCCCACCUAGAUCCAUCACCCUGCUUUGCAUUCAAAUGAUCACAUGCCUACAUGAUCUGACAAGAUGUUGGACUCCAGUGAUUGCUCCUUGUCCCUGGACAAUCUGUUUUUUGAGAAGCCCAUUGUCCACAAAGUAAAGCCACUGCACCAGGUGGCAAGUCCAUGGCACCUGGAAACGCCUCCAUCUCUUUCUCAGAUUCCAGCCUCUCAUGAUGUGCAGGAGGAGACAGAGUCACUCUCUACCCUAUACAGUUUCUCACAGAAACCCGUUCCUGCCUCGCAGUCCCUUCCUCCUUUCAGAGCUUCAGCUGGCCUUAGAGUCUUAUCAAAAAUCAACAGUUCUCAUGGUUUUAACCAUGACGAGAAAAAGAUUGAGGAGACUCAGUGUGGCAGCCACAGUUACAGCCUCAGCAGAUGUGUUGGCCUUUGGGGAGGUGAAGGGUUCAGGGAUUACUCUCAGGGUGCCUGUCAGAGUGGCAGAGGUGGAGAUGAAACGCUGCACGACUCUGGUCAUGCGGCCGUCAGCGGGAGGUGUUUGUCUCUGGACUACAGCAAAAGCCCACUUCUACGGAGAAGCUUGUUCAAGGUUCAGGUGUCGAACAGUGGAGGUGACUCGUCACACACAGACAACCUCUGUAGCAGCAGCAGCAGCAGCAGCCAGACAGCUCCCAGAUCUCAAACUUUUCUCAGUCAGGUUACCAUGGCGACAGGACCUCCUCCUCUUCAGCCGCCACGGGCGACAGUUUGCCAGGCAGCUCCUCCUUUUCCCCCAGAGCCCCCCUUUUCACCCCCUCUCAUGGGCUCAUCUGCAGCGAGUGGCCGACCCCCACAGCAGGCGACAUGCUCAAGGAUGACGGACAAGGGCACAAAGAGAGCCUUCGUUCCGCCCAUGACGCCUAGGCCGCUCUGUAUACAAGGUUCUUCUGGGUCUGAAGUUCUGCGACCGGUUUCUGAAAUCCCAUCUAAGUUCAGAUCCGUCUUCAACGAGUUCCCGUUUUUCAACUACGUUCAGUCCAAAGCGCUGGAUGAUGUUCUUUACACGGGUAAGAACUUUGUGGCAUGUGCUCCCACUGGAUCUGGUAAAACAGUGCUGUUUGAGCUGGCCAUCAUUCGCCUUCUAAUGGAGUCAGCAGAACCCUGGAGAGACGUGAAAGCUGUUUACAUUGCACCCAUCAAAGCUCUGUGCAGUCAGUGCUUCGAGAGCUGGAAGAAGAAGUUUGGUCCUCUGGGGCUGAUCUGUAAGGAGCUGACUGGCGACACAGAGAUUGAUGACUUCUUUGAGAUUCAGGACUCACACAUCAUCCUGACCACGCCGGAAAAAUGGGACAGCAUGACAAGAAAGUGGAAGGACAACUGUCUGCUGCAGCUCGUCAGGCUCUUCCUGAUCGACGAGGUACAUGUGGUGAAAGAUACAACCCGUGGUGCCACCCUGGAAGUGGUUGUGAGCAGGAUGAAGGCCAUCCACACCUACAGGACAGCACAGAAUCCUGAGGCAGGUCUCUCGAUGAGGUUUGUGGCUGUAUCAGCCACCAUACCCAACAUCCCUGAUAUAGCAGACUGGCUUUCUAAUGAGAGUGGUCCAGCCACAUACCUGGAUAUGGAUGAGAGCCAUCGUCCAGUGAAGCUGAGGAAGGUGGUGCUGGGAUUCCCCUGCAACCAAAACCAAACCGAGUUUAAGUUUGAUCUGUCACUCAACUACAAGAUAGCCAACAUCAUACAGACGUACUCGGACCAGAAGCCUGCUUUAGUGUUUUGCUCCACCAGGAAAGGAGUCCAGCAGUCAGCUGCAGUUCUGGCCAAGGAUGCUCGGUUCAUCAUUAGCAUCGAGCACAAGGAGAGGUUGCUUAAGUAUGCAAACUCCAUUCUGGAUUCAAAACUGAGAGAUCUGGUAAUGUUAGGAGUUGGUUACCACCAUGCAGGAGUGGUCCUGUCAGACAGGAAGUUGAUAGAAGAGGCCUUCACUCGGGGAGACCUGCCUGUCCUCUUUACCACUCGGACUCUGGCCAUGGGGGUGAACCUGCCAGCUCAUCUGGUUGUGAUUAAGUCCACUAUGCAGUAUGUUGGGGGCUCAUGUGAAGAGUACAGCGACGCUGACUUGCUGCAGAUGAUAGGUCGAGCUGGACGACCACAGUUUGACACAUCAGCGACUGCUGUGAUCAUGACCAAGUUUCAAACCAGAGACAAGUAUAUGAACCUCAUGAAUGGGAUGGAGAUCAUUGAGAGCAGCUUACACGGCCACCUGGUGGAGCACCUGAAUGCUGAGAUUGUGCUCCAAACCAUCAGCGAUGUCAACAUGGCUCUUGACUGGAUACGCUCCACCUUCCUCUACAUCAGAGCCCUCAAGAAUCCCAUACACUACGGGUUCUCUGCUGACUUAGACAGAUACGGAAUCGAAGCAAAAUUGCAAGCUCUGUGUCUGAAGAACCUAACCUCUCUGUCCUCCAUCGGUCUGAUCGACAUGGAUGAAGAUAUCAACAUUAAACCAACAGAGGCUGGCAGGUUGAUGGCCAGGUACUGUGUUGCCUUUGACACCAUGACACAGUUCUGUAAAGUGGCCGGCACUGAGAACUUGUCUGACCUGAUCGUGUUGUUGUCGAAGAGCAGAGAGUUCAGUGACAUUCAGUUGAGGAUGAAUGAGAAGAGACCCCUGAACACUUUGAACAGGGACAAGAACAGGGUCACCAUCAGGUUUCCCAUCGAGGGAAAGAUCAAAACCAGUGAGAUGAAAGUGAACUGCCUGAUUCAGGCUCAGCUAGGUUCCAUCUCGAUUCAAGAGUUUGGACUUACACAGGACACAGCAAGGAUCUUCAGGAAUGGGAUGCGCAUCAGCAAAUGUCUGUCAGAGUUCCUGAGCCAGCGUUCCAAGACGGGUUUCUCUGCUCUGCUCAACACACUGAUUCUGGCUAAGUGCCUUAGAUCAAAGCUGUGGGAGAACUCGCCCUAUGUUUCCAAACAGCUGGAGAAGAUAGGCCAGACUCUGUCAACUGCCAUGGUGAAUGCUGGACUCACCACUUUGAGCAAAAUAGAGCAAACCAAUGCUAGAGAGAUUGAGCUGAUUAUCAACAGACAUCCACCAUUUGGAAACCAAAUCAGAGAAUCUGUCAUACACCUCCCGAAGUAUGAAGUCACUUUGGAGCAGCUUCCCAGGUAUAACUGCGCGAUGGCAGAGAUCGUGGUGAAGGUGAACCUAAAAAACCAAGCACAGCUGCUGUCCAGAAGAACGACUCCAGACCACCACUAUGUCUCCCUGGUCAUCGGAGACUCUGACAACAAUGUGGUCUUCCUUCAGAAACUUACUGACUUAGUGCUGUUGAGGUGUGGUAGCUGGUCGAAGAAGAUUGAGGUGGCGAAGGCCUCGAAAGGAGAGGAGAUCAGUGUCAAUCUCAUCAGCUCAGAAUAUGUGGGCUUUGACAUCCAGCAAAAGUUCAAUGUGUACUUCUCUGGAGCCAGGAGGUUUGGUACCGAUAAUCCAUGCAACGUAGCGUAUGAUCCUACUGGACAGAAACCACAGCACUCGGCACUGAAACCACAGUCUCCAGAUCAGGCUACACCUCAGCAGGAAAAUGCCACGUCUGUGACAGACCAAGAUUCAGGCAACAAGAGACAGUGCAACCACUUCUGCAAGAAUAAGGAUCUCUGUGGCCACGACUGCUGUAAAGUAGGAGUAACUGUGGCAAGGAAGAGGUCAGCAAAUCAAGAUUCAAGUUUCUCUUCUCAUUUGAGAGAACUGAGGAGCAGGUGUGACUCACUGGAACAGACUCCUGUCAAACGGCUUAAGAUGAAAAUGAGUGAGCAGUCUGUGUCUGCCAACAUGCAGGAGUUUGCUUACAAACCCAAAGAGAGGCUUCCUACUGUUUCCUGGUUUGGGAUAAACCCCGAUGGAGCUUCAGAGAGGCGUCAAACUGAGACUAUGGAUCUGACAGGAGAAGACUGCACUCGACUCACAGACGAUUUUUACAGUGAUUAUAUCGAUGGUGUUGGGGACAUGCAGAGUAUGAUGGAAGAGACUGUCCAAACCCCUGCAGCAGCUCAUGCUCACUAUCAAAGUAUCGGUUCCUCCGUGUGGAUGAAACCAGAAACAAGUGGCUGGAGUCAGAACCCCGAACGGCAUUUAAACAAGAUCAAUACAACCACCUCAGCGGACUCAAAGAGGAGGAGCACCGCAGUGACAAACCAGGGCUCUUGCUGUGAAACUGCUUCAUCGUCACUCAUACCAACAGUCACCUUCGACCUUGGAAAUGAAUGGGAUGACUGGGGCGACUUUGAUGAAGAGAACUUGGUGCACGCCAGCGAGACGUCAAUUGCCUCGUGCACGGUUAAUGCAAAACCUCAAAUCCAGCAGUCUGUCCAGUACAACAUGCCAGGCUUUGCUGCUACAUCAGCGGCACUGUUCCUCAGUCCCUCACAAGUUAAACCCUACAUGACCACUGCCAGGACACCACUGAGGUCAAUUUCACAAAAUCUAAUCAGAAAACCAGGUCCCUCAGUCAGACCACAGGAUAGAGUCACACUCCACUGUAAUAAAAAGAGACCAAGCAUCUUCAGUGAAGAGAUCAAAGUUACAACACCAGAGAACAUCCAGAGACAGAAGCACGUGGCCCCGACGACCAGAAGGUUUGAUUUCUUCUCCACAGCGAGAGCCCCAGCAAACACCAAGCAAAGUGUCAACAAAAGCAUCAACAGCAAAGAGGAAGAAACUUUCCUUGGGAUAUUUGAUGGAAUAUUUUAGGAGUAGUGCUUGUCUAACACUAAUAUGAGUUUAUCCGUGUUCAUCUUUCUUUAACCUGUGAGCUUUACAUCAAGAGUUAUAGACUGUUUUGAAGUCUAGUUGUUAUAUGUUAAUUGUACAUGAAACAAACUGUUUCUGCUUGUUCUAUUUGUACCAGUGUAAUUAAUGUAUUAAUGUGUGUAUUUCAUAAAGUGUUCAUUGGGUAAUACAGUG